GUGGCCCAGGCAGCUCGUGUCCUCGAUUGGCCUCUGUCACUAUGGUGGGAGGAUUGACUGCUGCUGGGGCUGGGCUCGCCGCUCCUGGGGACAGUGUCAACCUUUCUACGUCUUAAGGCAGAGAAUAGCCAGGAUAAGGUGCCAGCUUCAAGCUGUAUGCCACCCACAGUGCAAGCAUGGCGAAUGUGUCGGCCCAAACAAGUGCAAGUGUCAUGCUGGAUAUGUCGGGAAAACCUGCAAUCAAGCUCCUGUUGACCGAGGCAGUGAGCAGCCUCCUUUCCAACCCCCGGAUCAUCAAGCCACCAGUUUACCUUCACAGGACCUGAAUGAGUGUGGCCUGAAGCCGCGGCCCUGCAAGCACCGCUGCAUGAACACGCUCGGCAGCUACAAGUGCUACUGCCUCAGUGGUCACAUGCCGAUGCCCGACGGCUCCUGUGCAAGUGCCCUGACGUGCUCCAUGGCAAACUGUCAGUACGGCUGUGACAUCGUCAAGGGACAGGUCCGAUGCCAGUGCCCCUCCCCGGGCCUGCGGCUGGCUCCCGAUGGGAGGACCUGUGUGGAUAUUGACGAAUGCGCCACAGGAAGAGUGUCCUGCCCCAGAUUCAGGCAGUGUGUCAACACCUUUGGCAGUUACAUCUGCAAGUGUCACAAAGGCUUCGACCUCAUAUACAUUGGAGGCAAAUACCAGUGUCAUGACAUAGAUGAGUGCGCCCUCGGGCAGCACCAGUGCAGCAGCUUUGCCCGAUGCUACAAUGUGCACGGGUCGUACAUGUGCAAGUGUGUGGAAGGUUACCAGGGCGACGGGCUGAAGUGCGUGUAUAUUCCCAAAGUUAUGAUCGAACCUUCAGGUCCAGUUCAUGUACCAAAGGGAAACAAUACCGUCGUAAAGGGCGAUGGAGGACAAAGUAAUUGGAUCCCCGAGGUUGGAAGUACCAGGUGGCCUCUGAGGACACCGUAUAUCCCUCCUGUCCUUACCAGCAGGCCCACCCCUAGGCCAACGCCAAGACCUACGCCAAAGCCAACACCACGGCCAACUCCGCCACCACCGCCACCCCUGCCAACGGAGCACAGAACUCCCCCGCCGCCGCCGCCGCCGCCAACCCCAGAAUGGCCAAGAACCAGGCCGACAACCUCAGCACCAGGCAUCAGCACCUCUGCCCCCGGGUGGACAGUCGACAACAGAAUACAGACAGACCCUCAGAAACCCAGAGGAGAUGUGUUCAUUCCCCGGCAGCCUUCCAAUGACCUGUUUGAGGUGUUCGAGAUAGAGAGAGGAGUCAGCGCGGAUGAUGAUGAAGCUAAGGAUGACCCAGGUGUCCUCGUGCACAGUUGCAACUUUGACCAUGGCCUCUGCGGAUGGAUCCGGGAGAAGGACAGCGACUUGCACUGGGAACCGGUCCAGGACCCAGCAGGUGGGCAGUACCUGACCGUGGCGGCCAAGGCCCCUGGGGGGAGAGCCGCGCGCCUGGUGCUGCCGCUCGGCCACCUCCUGCACUCGGGGGACGCAUGCCUGACCUUCAGGCACAAAGUGACCGGGCUGCACUCGGGCACACUGCAGGUGUCCGUGAGGAGACAUGGCGGCCACGGGGCAGCCCUGUGGGGCAGAGACAGCGGCCGUGGCUGGAGGCGGACGCAGAUCACCUUGCGGGGUGCAGACAUCAAGAGCGUCAUCUUCAAGGGUGAAAGGAGGCGUGGCCACCCCGGGGAGAUCGGGUUGGAUGACGUGAGCUUGAGGAGAGGCCCCUGCUCUGAAGAGCACUAGCGGCCCCACAGCUGGCAGCAGCUCCUGUGUUGCUCCCUCUUCCUUUUCCAGUCUUCACCUUUUCUGCCCCGCUCCCUCUUCCCAGGCCUAGACGAGCGGGCCAGGGGGCCAGGAGGGGACCGGGUGGUGACCCAUGUCUCACAGGCCUGCUGUUGUGCAAUCCCAGUGAGCAGGGACUCCCACACCCCCCAAAGGACAGGGGUGUCUGUAGACACAUCCAAGCCAUCGUGGGUGUCGCCUUCGAGCCCAUGGCCCGUGCAGGGAGGCCUUGCCCGUGUGUGCCCUGCACCAUCUUUCAUCCUGGUUACAAAGUGCUCCUUGUAGUGGAUGAUGGGAGAAAACUUCAGAACUCUGUGCAAAUGCCAUUUUGCUCCCUGUUCAGUGUCGUGCCGUGCGUGGUGUUGACUUCCCUUAAGCUAUGAUGUGCGGCGUGCCUGUGAAAUCAGUUUCCCCUCUCAAUGAAGUUAGUUCUGGCCCGAUCUGAACUCUUUUACUGCCACUCACUUUAUGAAAGAAGGGUGUAUAACAUACCAAGAAGCAUUUAUUCUUGUUAUCUGUAUUUUUCUUAUAAAGACAGUUAUGUAGAGUGGGCACGGAAUUCCUCAGUAGUUGCUGUGUUCUAUGUAAAUGUGCUAUUGAUAUUAAGUAUUUACGUGUUCCUGAUAUUUACAGACUCUAGUUGCAAAGUAAAAGGCAGCUUGUGAUCUCCUGAGUUAAAAAAAAUAAGGCAAAAUGUCAUCCAGUGUGGUGACCUUACAUUGGCACUAAGAGAAAAAUGGCAGAAGUGUCAGGUUAUGGUGGAGGAGUGAUGGAAUUUUUCUAAUGGUCUUGAAUUGGAUCAUUAUAAAGGAUAAUAAACCAUUAACGUGAUAAGAAACUGCAGUUAAUAUAGAAAACCCUCACUGUUGAGUUGACGGCUUUCACCGUCAUAGAACAUAGCUCUCUCUGGCCACCCCCAAGAAACUUUGUAAAGCUCUGGUUUUAGGGGAAGCCCUGUUUCUACCAGGAAGUGGGGAGGAAGUGUAUGGGGGCUCCACUGGGACAGGUGGUCACACCCAGCUGAGAUGUUUCGGGAAGAGUCGCUCCUGCCUUCUGGGACAUGCCAGGGUCAGAGAGGAGGCCAGUCCUGGCAUUGAGACCUUGGCUGUGUGCUGCAGGGUGCAUCUCAGGCAGAGGCCACAAUGGGAACUCUGUCACCCACAAGGAAAAACACCAACUUUCAAAAGGCAGCUUACUCCUGCAGCCUUUCUUCACAUCUGAUGGAGUAAUCAGAGUAUUUCUGCAUUUGCCAGGAAUCACAAAGAUGAUUAAAGGGGUUGAAAAAGAGAGCUCUAUGAUGAGAAAUUAGAGGAAGUGGGAUGAUUCAGCCUGGAGAAGAUUAAGGAGCCAAGCAUAGGUUGCUGUCACAUGUAUGAAGGGGUGGCACAGAGGAUGGUGGCCCCCUGUCCCCCAUGGGCACUGAGAAUAGAACAAGAGGAUGUGGGCUUAGGAGUGCGAGGGAGCGAUUCCUGCUGGGGGCACUUGUUAAAUUAAAGUCCUUUAUAAAAAAAAGAAGUGUGAACAUCAAUGUCUUGGCCUCCCUAUGUCCGUCUCUCAGGACUAGAUAAAAAUUUACCUAUUCAAGAUAGGUUUCCCUCAAGGUAAAGCAGUGGGUUACGGCAUCUCCCAGAAGAUGUUUUGAUCCUGCUACUCAUGUGUAAUGGAAAUCUCCAGAGCUCAGCCAUUUGGACAGGGCAGUCAUUCAGCCCUUUCUGCUUGACCUCCCAAUGGACGGCGCCCAAACGAGAAGAUGCUGAGUUCAUGGAAACAGCUCUUCUCCUGCAAAAAUCUAGCAGGAUCAAAGCAAGUAGAAACAAAAGGGAAAAACUCCCCCACACCGUUUAUUCCUAAUGAAGUUGCAGUGGACAGGUAUCUCAGCAGUGUCCUAGUGUGGAGUGUAAGUGUUUCUUUCCUGGUAAAGGUAUAAACCACUCACUUGCUCAACAGAUGAUGUUCCAGAUGUUUUUAGAGAGACUCAAUCAAGCACCGGUCAGAGAGGUUUUCAUCUGGUGGAGGUACUUUUAUCUGCUUCGUGUGUGACAGGUUAACAUGGGUACUAAGAGUGUCAUGCACAACAUCUUUCACCUCAAAUCUCCCAGGUUCCAUGAAAUACUAAUGUUGUUUAAUCAUAGGCCCAAGAGCUGGUCUUUGCAACUUAACUUGUUAGAGACAGGGCUGGAGGGGAACAGAAAUCAUUAAGCUGUUGUGUAAAGGCCAGAAAACACGGUCUUAGAUGCAUUUUUAAUGAUUCAUUUCCUUUUGGAUCCUAUAACUGCACAGCAGAAGAUCAAAGAGGAAAACAAUUGAAAAUUUCACUGUUAGGUGCCAAUAAUACAUUGCACUAAACUGAUGGAAGAAGUUAUCCAAAGUACUGUAUAACAUCCUGUUUAUUAUUUAAUGUUUUCUAAGGUGAAAGUGGUUUUCCAAAUGGUCAAAUCAAAACAAUUCUUCGUAAAUAAAACACUGUUGACAAUGCCA